AUGAUACGACAACAAGAUCUAAGACGUGAUGGAUCGGUUACUCCUCUGUUGUGGGACGUCGGUGGCGUAUAUGGAGUACUCCUCUGUUACACAGUUAAGACCGAAAUGAAAAAGAGCAACAAAAUCAGUUUUGUGAGAAGACACAAGGUGUUGCUAUUGGUUCACGGCGGAGAAAAUGAGAUAAAGGAAGAGAAGAGACGCCGGAGAAGAAUAUACGCUUGGUGUGCGAAGGAUAAACAAAUGGUUGGUAGAAAUACACAAACCCUAAUUUGUGAACAAGGGUCGAGUCAAGGAUCGCAAGAAAAAGAUGUGAUAAGCCAAUUACCAGAUCAUUUGAUAACUGACAUUCUGUAUCAUCUUCCCACAAAGGAAGCUGUUACCACGAGCGUUUUAUCCACACGAUGGACAAAUCUUUGGAAACUGGUUCCUGGAUUGGACUUAGACUCGCCCAGAUCCUCUGAUUUCAAAGCCAUGCAGAGUUUCGCCGACAGGUUUUUGGAUAUCCAGAGGGAGUCACUGAUACGCAAAUUCAAGUUAAAGAUUCAUUGUCCUGAUUAUGGUAAUGACGCCACUUGUGUCCCACUCUGGAUCGAAGCUGCUUUAACUGGGCAUAGGAUUCAACAUCUCGAUGUCCAUUAUGGAUACUACUACCAGACUGGGUUAGUACAGAUACCACUGAGCGUGUUCACCAGUGGGAGAUUAGUACACUUGCGACUGUUUGGUGCCAAACUGUUUAACGCGGAGUUUUUUUCUUUACCUUGUCUGAAGAUGAUCCAUUUAGAAUAUGUUACAGCUCCAAGCGAGGCCGCUUUUGAGAAACUUAUCUCAAGCUCUCCAGUUCUUGAAGAUUUAACAAUCAGAAGGUGUAACGAUAAGGGAAAAGUUCUAAAAGUGCGCUCUAAGACGGUAAAGAGAGUCCACUUAAAACAGUCUUCUCAAGUACUUGUGAUUGAUGAUGCUCCUCUACUCCAGUUUUUGAGGAUUAAGGUUCGUUUUAUUCCGAGCUUUAAGAUGAUCAUCUAUUCGUGGUUCUCUGCAAAAAUUGAUGUUCAUGUCUAUUCGUGGUUCUCUGCAAAAAUUGAUGUUCAUGUCGACUUUGGUAAUACAUUUAAUCCAUAUGACUCAUCCAGAAGACGCUCCAUUCGCGAUUUCCUUACGGUCAUAUCGAGUGUCAGGGAUCUGUCUCUUAGCAGAGAUAUUUGGGAGGUUAUGCGCCGACACUUGGAAGUAGAACAACUGCCUCAAUUUGGUUUACUCUCACGUCUGUGUGUUAGACUCUCUGCAUCCGAUUUAAUUUGGUUGCCGGCGUUUCUCAAGAACUUCCCGAAACUGAAAUCUCUUUCCUUGGUGGUAUUGUAUGGUAGAAGCUAUAAGAAGAUGCCUAUCGAUGAAACGAGCCGGAUAAGUUUUCCACCUGUGCUUGAGUGUUUGUCAUCGUCGCUCGAGUUUCUUGAUAUCAAAGCAAGAGUCUCGGGAGAUUCUACAGAAAUGAAACUAGUAACGUACUUCUUAGAAAAUUCUUUGGUGCUCAAGAAACUCACGGUACGGCUGGGUUCUCAUCCAAGAAAUGAUGACAUCUCCGAUUAG